ACGUCACCGGCCCGUCCUCGGUGUUCGGGAUCAAAUGUAUCACUACGUGUAGUGCGUGCUUGUUCCGGGUAACGGUCUGCAACGUCCGAGCCAUCCAUCGGCUAGCAUCGACGACCACGCCUGCCUGCCUGCCUGCUUGCCUGCCCCAACCGACCGGCACACCUCCAUCUCACACAUCUUGGUUACUUUUACUUCUACUCCCUCAACCCCACCUCCUACCCCCACACCACUUGCCCAAAAUGUUCCCUACCCGCGCUGCCCACGUCCACGUCCUCGUCCCCGUCAAGAGGGCCAUCGACUAUGCCGUCAAGAUCCGGAUAGCCGCUGGCAACAAGGGCGUCGACACUAGCGUCAAGCACUCGAUGCCUACUGACGACGAUCAGAACCCCUUUGACGAGAUUGCCGUCGAGGAGGCCGUCCGCCUGAGGGAGAAGGACAAGUCGCUUGUCGAGAGCAUCACGGCCUUCACUGUCGGCCCCGCCAAGAGCGUCGACACGCUCCGCACUGCGCUGGCCAUGGGUGCCGACUCGGCCAUCCACGUCCAGGUCGCCGACGACGCCGUCGUCGAGCCCCUCGCGGUCGCCCAGGCCAUCAAGAAGGUCAUUGAGCGCGACGGCAAGACCGACCUCGUCAUCCUCGGCAAGCAGGCCAUUGACGACGACUCGGGCUCGACUGGUGGCACUCUUGCUGGUCUCCUCGGCUGGGGCCAGGGCCAGUUUGCGUCCAAGCUCGAGGUCUCCAAGGACGGCAAGGUUGCCGUCACUCGCGAGAUUGACGGCGGUCUCGAGAAGGUCGAGUCGAAGCUUCCCUUCGUUCUCACCACCGACCUGCGUCUUAACGAGCCCCGUUACGCCUCGCUCCCCAACAUCAUGAAGGCCAAGAAGAAGAAGAUUGAGACCCUCAAGCCUGAGGACCUUGGUCUCGACUUUACCCCCCGCCUCGAGACCAUCUCGGUCACCGAGCCCCCUGCCCGCCAGGGUGGUGGCAAGGUCGAGAGCGUCCAGGAGCUCGUUUCCAAGCUCAAGGAGGCCGGCCUUGUCUAAAUGUGCGGCAGCACAAGCACGCGCCGUACUGGCUAGACAAGUUGCAUAGCAGUGAUGAAAGGAUGGUAGCUAG